GGCGGUGCGUGUUCCGCGGCCGCCGCUGCCGAGCCCCGGGGAACCGUCCGGCAGCGAUGUGCGCCGUGCGAGAGCCCGCACCGCCUCGGGAGGAGACCGGAGUGCGGAGAUCGAGUUCGCAGUGACUUCGGUUCCUCUCACGAUGGAUGGACACCAAGCUAGAGCUUCUCCUUAAAGAUACUAAUAACAGAGGUAUAAGCAUACAUGGCUCCUGGUUUCUCAAAUGAGAAGAAAACUGAUGAUGAACAGCCUUCAAAAGAGAAUUUUAUCCAUCUCUGCAACCCUCACCUGGAAAAGAUGAAAGAAGACAUCCUGUACCAUUUUGCUCUUGGGACUGGUACCCAUGAUUUUCCAGCACUGUUUGGAGAUGUAAAGUUCGUAUGUGUUGGAGGAAGUCCUUCACGGAUGAAAGCUUUUACCACUUACAUAGCUGAAGAACUGGGGCUUGCGAGCCCUGGUUGUGACUAUCCUAACAUCUGUGUGGGAACUGACCGUUAUGCAAUGUACAAAGUGGGACCUGUUUUGUCAGUCAGUCACGGUAUGGGCAUUCCUUCUAUUUCAAUCAUGUUGCAUGAGCUGAUCAAGCUGUUGUAUCAUGCCAAGUGUUCCAACGUAACCAUUAUCCGCAUUGGCACCUCUGGUGGAAUAGGUCUGGAGCCAGGCUCAGUGGUUAUAACUAAGCAGUCAGUAGAUGCCACCUUUAAACCUCAGUUUGAACAGGUUAUUCUGGGAAAGACUGUAACUCGCAGUACAGACCUAGAUGAACAGCUAGCUAAGGAACUGAUGGAGUGCAGUAAAGAAAUCAAUGAAUUCAAUACAGUCAUUGGAAACACUAUGUGCACUUUGGAUUUCUACGAAGGACAGGGCAGGUUGGAUGGUGCAAUCUGCUUGUAUACUGAAGAAGAGAAACUGCAAUAUUUGAAGGAAGCUUACGACUCCGGCGUCAGAAACAUAGAGAUGGAGUCUUCUGUAUUCGCAGCAAUGUGUAAUUUCAGCGGUGUCAAAGCUGCUGUAGUGUGUGUCACUCUUCUGAAUCGGCUUGAAGGGGAUCAGAUUAGCAGCCCACAUGAUGUGCUUGUGGAGUAUCAGCAGAGACCGCAAAAGUUAGUGGGAUAUUUCAUUAAGAAAAGGCUUGGGAAAGUAUGAAAUUCCCAUCUUUGUUUUGUAGAAGCAGGAGGCUUUUGCACAGCUGAAGUCAUGGUCAUGACUUCUGUACAUUAAAGGUCUUUUGCCUCAGAAUACUUCACAGCAUUCCGUGUGUCUGUGGAAGUUAACCAUUAUGUCCCUGUGCUUUGGGAAUUGUUUGUGCUGAUUGGCUUCCAGUUAAGUUUUGCUUAGUUAUGCAUUGCUGGAUAUGAGACUCGCUUUCCUGUGGACUGGAAAAAGGGAUCUGUUGUGAAGGACAAACCUGCUAUAAUAUAUGAAAAAGCUUUAUCUAUCCCUGCUGUAAAACAAAAACUAGGAAGAAAAUCAAACUUCAUUGCCAAGUACCUGCAAACCACCAAAUUAAAAUUAAUUUAAGAAUGCUAAUACCUUUCUUGUUGUUAUAAAAAAAUUAUAUAAAUUAUAAUGGUCUUUGUUGCUUUACUUGUAAAGAAAAUUUAAAGUGAAUGCAGUUUAUUUUUUGCAAACUUUGAAAAAUAAUAUUUUCAUAUAUUAAAAUUUAAUGAAAUUG